GACAGAGACAGUAACAGUGUGUAACACGACAGGAGCUUUAAUGUCUUUCUGAAGUGGAGUUGGUGUGGAGAUCUGGGAGUGUGAACUCAGGAUGAAGAUCCUCCUCAUCUUCACCCUCUGUCUGAUCUCAGAUGGAGGAGACUCCAAGAAAGUAACAGGAUAUUCAGGAGGAGGAGUCCUUAUCAAGUGCAAGUAUUAUACAAAAUACAGAGAAAACCAAAAAUAUUUCUGUAAGGGUUCAGUACCAGGCUGUUCUGACCAAAUAAAGACAGGAGCUAAAAACGAGUGGAUAAAUUCAGGAAGAUUCUCACUGUUUGAUGACACCAAAUCAGCAGAGUUCAGUGUGAAGAUCAGAGAGCUCACUGUAGAGGACACUGGGAUGUACUACUGUGGAGUUAAUUUACCCUGGGAAAAUGACAUUUACACACCGGUGGAUCUGAAGGUGAAGGAAGGGGGCUCGGUCUCUAGAGAAGUGAGUGCAUACGCAGGGGGAGGAAUCAACAUCAAGUGCAGAUAUGAGGAUGAAUAUAAAUACAAAUACAAAUCUUUCUGUAAGAUGGGAUCACAUCAGUGGUGUUUUAAUCGAAUAACAACAAAACUACACAGUGAAUGGUCACAUGAUGGCAGAUUCUCAAUUCAUGACAACAGAAGUGCAGGAUUCUUCAGUGUGUUUAUCAGAGAGCUGAUUACGGAGGACACUGGAACAUACGCGUGUGCUGUUGUUAUGUCUGAUGAAACAGAGAUCUACACUGUAGUGAAGCUGAAAGUAACAGAAGAUCUGUCCUAUGCGAAGGCCAUCAAUAAGACUGUCCAUGUAGGAGGAGAUAUGAAUAUCAGCUGUAAAUACCCAGAAUCCCUCAGGAGUGACCCCAAGUUUCUCUGCAAGAGGCUUCAAACUGCUACUUGUUCUUAUAAAGCAUCUGUUAAAGAAAAUCAAAAAAGUGUAAAUGAGGGGAAAUUCUCCCUGUAUGAUGACAAUGCAAAACAAAUCUUAAAUAUGACCAUGAAAAAUGUAACUGAGCAGGACUCUGGUGAAUACUGGUGUGGAGCUGAAGAAGCCUGGAAAUCUGAUGAUGGAUACAAGGUUUAUUUCACACAGAUCGACCUGACAGUUACUGCUACGCCCUUGAAACCAACAUCACCAUCAUCAUUGUCAUCACCGUCAUCAUCGUCCUCAUCACCGUCAUCAACUUCUGCUCCACAAGGACUUUCCACAGUUUCCAUUGUAGUCACUGUGUUAGCAAAUAUUCUGAUCGGGCUUCUGAUCGGAAGCAUAUGCCUUUAUGUGAUUCUCCGAAUUAGACGCAAGAUACAAGGAAGAACAGCAUCUCCUGACAGGCAGUCUGUUCCAGACUCAGGAAACAGCCAUAAAGAGGUUAAAGACACCUCAGAAGCUGGAACUUCACCAGUUUACUCUACUUUGCAACUACCAACAAGCUCCUGUGAUUCUGCAAGUACUGCUUCCACGACUCGGUUACCCACUAAUCUCUCUGAUUCCUCAAUGUCCGCUGUUGAGAAAUCCUCUGAAGGUCUGACUUAUGCAACAGUGCGUUUUCACACCAAAUCUGACGACACCGCUCGUAAGGUUAGGUUUAAAGUGGAGGAAGAAUCGUGUGUGUAUGCUACAGUGAGUCAUGGUAAUUCACAUGGCUAGUUUCGCAUACUGGACAUAAUUACAUCCUCACCCUCACUGGGCACUUUAUUAGGAACACCUAUAUAACUGUAUCUGAAUGUUUUAUGCAUUGUGCUGCUGCUACAUGAUUGGAUGAUUGGAUAAUUACUGACUGGAUAAUGGUAUGAGUGUGCAAGUGUACAUGUGUUCCUAAUAAAGUGUAUGUUGAGUGUAUUUCCUGAAUAUACUUAAUCUGUCAAGUAUGUGCUUAAUUACUUAAUUCCUCAAAGAAGCACAUGUACUUAUUCUUUGCCAUUUUACACUUUCUGCCCUUGAGAGACUUUAGCCUUUAAUACCACAGCGCUUUUGAAUUGUUCAUUCUGAUUGGCCAGGAAGUGUUAAUUAAUUUUCUGGAACAGCAGCUCUGACAUUAGCGUCUAGUUCAAAUCACAGUUCUAUAUUUAAUGCUCUCAUUCUAAUAUCUUCUUUUAUUUUUAGUAGCAGCUUACACCAGUAUGGCAGAUGCUGAAAUUGUGUAAUUAUUGAUCUGGUAAAACUGUAUUGUGAGCGUUUAAAUCUUGAGUACAUGUAGAUUUCUGUAAAAAAAAAAAAAAAAAAAAAAAACGGCUUUGUGAUGAUGUCCGUUGUUAAAUGCACUAUAUAAAUAUAACUGAGUUGAAUUAAAUUAUUGAACGUUUCAGGAAGGAGUCUCCGGUGUCGGUGCUCCACAACAUUAAAAUGUAAUUAUAAACAGAUAAAAUGUGUUAAUGUCUGCAAAUAAUUCACUUUGGGGUGGUACUGUAACAGUACUUCAGCUUUGUGUUGCAUCACACUGUCUCACUCUUGAUGAGUUUUCUAUAACCAAACAACCCAUAAAGUUUUAUUCCGUAAUCACGUAAUAAUUAUUGCUGAUGAUUGUGAUGUGGCUCAGCAGGUCAAUGAACAAUCGCAAGCAAAGCAUUCAGCAUCAAAAAUGCAUCCAAAUAUCAUAACAAU